UGUAAAAGAUAACCUUUCGCGUUCGCUUGAAUUCGGGAAAAUCCCUGUGGUUCUGAUGAAGAAUAAAUCAGGGACCGGGGACUAAAUUGGAGCUUUACAGGAUAAAACUGUUUACUGUUUGGAGGUAUCUGUAAAGGUUUUCCAGAAUGAGACCCCCUUAAUUUUUCAUUAAUAAAUGGAAGAAAAUUCAUUGGAGUCUUACGUAACGGGAGAGAACACACAAAGUGAGACAGAUACAGACAGAAUGACAGAGAGAGUCCGGGGGGAAAAGUUAGCCAUGGAUCAGAUGAUGUGGGAUGAUGAUGAAGAAGAAGAUGAGAAUGAAGAUGAAGAAGAUGAAGACAUCGAUGACAACGAAGAUGAAGAUGAGGAAGACUCGGCCAGCAGUGAACAGAGCGAUGAGGAGGAAGAGGAGAUAGAAGAGGAAGAGGACAAAAGUCCAUGUCCUGCAGAGGCAGAUGAAAGGUCAGAGGUCAAGGAGGAAAUAGAGGAAACAAAGGAAGAGGAGACAAGGACUGAACUCUCCGACCAGAAACAGACAGAUGUAACGAAAGCAGAACCGGCAACCAAAAAACGCAAACGAAAGCGAGCCACUGGGGAAAAGGGCAAGAGGAAAAAAUCCAAGAAAAUGAAGCCCAGCACAUUACGGAGAAAUAUUAGGGACAUCCUUAAAGAGAAUGACCUUGACAAGGAGACCUUGGACGCCCAGCAGGAAGAAGCCAUGCGUCGUCAGAGGAUUCUAGAGGUACAGAAAGCCCUGGAGGAGCAACGAAAGAAAGAGAUGGAAGAAAACGACUCACAACUCAAGUCCCUGCUUCAGAUGGAUGAUGAAGAUAAGAGCAGUGAUGUUAUUUAUCUGUACAGCAGUGAUGAGGGGCGAUCAAGAAGGAAAUCCAAAGACAGUGACGUGAUAGAACUGAGUAGUGAUGAGGAGGAUAUUCUGAUGACGAAGGACGAGGACAACGAGGUCGACCCCGAGGAUCCGAACAACGCCGGCAGUCACAUCAACGACGCCCUCAAUGUCCACGACGACUUCGGCCGAGUGUUGGUCAACAUCGGGCAUCCGUCCGACGAACCAGACAUAUUCCUGGCUCCCCAGAUAGCUAGAUACAUCAAAAAACACCAGAUUGGCGGUGUUCGGUUUCUGUACGACAAUCUUAUUGAGUCUCUGAGUCGGUUUAGGAACAGUCCUGGUUUCGGUUGCAUUCUGGCUCACAGUAUGGGUCUGGGUAAGACGAUCCAGAUGAUAUCCUUUGUGGACGUGUUCCUGAGAUGUGCUAAAGCCCGCACGGUUCUCCUGAUUGUCCCCAUUAACACGCUACAGAACUGGAUGGCCGAGUUCAACAUGUGGUGUCCCUCCCAAGAUAUGGUGGGAGAUCUAGGAACUGAUCACGUGAUCCCCAGACCGUUCAACGUGUACCUCCUCAACGAUAACUUCAAAUCCACAGGGGCCAGGGCAAAGGUCAUAGGGGAGUGGUACACAAAAGGCGGAGUUUUAUUGAUGGGGUACGAGAUGUACAGAUUACUUUCUAGUCGUAAAGGUCACAUGGCAGACGUCAGGGUCAAAAAACCAAAGAAGACCUCGGCAUCUCCGGUCGUAAUCGAUGUGGAUGAAGAGGAUAAAAAUAAGGAACUCUUAGUGGGUGUCCAUGAAGCCCUGAUCAACCCAGGCCCUGACCUUGUUGUGUGUGAUGAAGGUCACAGAAUUAAAAAUAGCCAAGCUGGAAUCUCACAGUCCCUCAAAAACAUCAAAACAAGACGACGCGUCGUAUUAACUGGGUACCCCCUACAGAACAAUCUGAUGGAGUACUGGUGUAUGGUAGAUUUUGUCCGUCCCAAUUACCUCGGCACCAAAACAGAAUUCAGCAACAUGUUUGAGCGACCAAUCACAAACGGGCAGUGUCAGGACAGUACGCCAGCAGAUGUCAAACUGAUGAGAUAUCGAGCUCAUGUGCUACACAGCUUACUGGAGGGAUUCAUACAAAGGCGAGGCCACACUGUGUUACAAGAAGCCCUGCCACCAAAACAGGAAUUGAUCCUCUUAGUUCGCAUGUCCCCAAUCCAGCGAACUCUAUACAGGGAGUUCAUGGACUCACUUCAGGUUCAGAAUCUCGGGUCCUGGGCCAACACCAACCCGCUCAAGGCCUUUGCUGUCUGUUGUAAGAUAUGGAAUCACCCAGACAUUUUAUACAACUUAAUCCAGAAGAAGAAUAGCAUCACUGAUGACAACGACCUUGACAUUGAGACAGAAACUGGAACAGGGGGGAAGAAGAAGAAAUGUGUCAAGAAGAAACCCCCCAAGAGCCCCCAGCCUGUGGACCAGUAUUACCCUCCUUAUGAACGGGGACAGGAGAUCAGCUAUGAUUGGGUGAGUGACCUAUUUAAAGACUAUACAAGUGGACUGUUGGAGACUGGAGGAAAAAUGGUCAUCCUGUUCAAGAUAAUAGAGGAGGCGUUAGCCAUAGGAGAUAAAAUCCUGGUGUUCAGCCAAAGUCUCUUCACCCUUGACCUUUUGGAGGAAUUUCUGUCCAAGAGAAAAGUCCCACGGCCAGAUAUGGAUGAGAACUGGUGCAAAAACCAGAGCUAUUUCCGAUUGGAUGGCAGUACAUCAGCCCAGGAGAGAGAGAAGCUGAUAAAUCAGUUCAACUCGGCGGAUAACAAUAAAUCCUGGCUAUUCCUCCUGUCUACCAGAGCUGGGUCACUAGGGGUCAAUCUGGUAGGAGCCAAUCGUGUUGUAGUCCUUGACGCUUCCUGGAAUCCAUGUCAUGACUGUCAGGCCAUCUGUCGAGUUUUCCGCUUUGGACAAGUCAAGCCGAGCUAUGUGUACCGACUAGUGACAGAUAAUAGCAUGGAAAAAAAGAUCUACGAUCGUCAGGUCACCAAACAGGGAAUGUCUAAUCGUGUGAUUGAUGAAAUGCAGAUACAGAAUCACCUGACCAGGAGACAGGUGGACAACUUACUUCAUUUUGAGGACAAGGAAGACGAGUAUAUAGACUUCAGCCAAGAAGAUUACGAGGAUCCAAUUAUGAACAAGAUUCUGCUGACCGAAGGUCACUGGCUUACAAGGAAACCAUUUGAACAUGAGUCGCUAUUAAUUGAUAAGAAGGAACUAAGACUGACGAAAAAAGAGAAGCGACUGGCCCAGCAGAGUUACGUGAUGGAGAAACGUCUUAAUGUCUCUUACUCCCGACCGUCCUACGCUGCCUUCUAUCCCAAGGGACAGGAAGGCCCCUCCCGACAGAUCAAGAUUGUGUCUCCACCCUCACAGCCUAUUUGGCCAUCCACUACUUAUACCUCUCGACCAGUAGCCAGUGUCAAACCCAUGGUAACGACCCCAGUCCCCAUGCAACCAAAGGGGGUCGGACGAGGUGACAACCGAAACCUGCCAAUCAUCAGCAAAAACAAACCUGGUGUGUCUGUCCACAAAGUCCUGACCACUACAGAUAUUAUGUUACCUGGGACGGCCACCAGUACACAGUCUACAGCGGGGACCAACAGAAUUCCAGCCGGACAACAGAUUUUCAUCAUUAAGACUCCCAAAGGUGUCUACAUACGAACAAACUCUGGAAAGAUUUUCGCUGUCCGGGCAAAAUUUCCAUUGCCAGGGACAACCACUGCUGUUACCACGACAACGUCUGCUACCACGGCAACCAGUGGAAGCUCAGUGUUAACAACAGCUGACCUUCUGGCCUCUUCUGAGGAAUCUGCGGACUCCCCGAGUGAAUCUCAGACCAAUCCUGCCUCCUCUAAAGAGUCGGACACCACCGACCUCCUGGCCUCUCUGUACUCCACCCCCUCCCAGGACAAGCCCCCAAUCUCACGCACAGACUCCAGUGCAUCCCUCGCUUCACAGUUUGGCCGAUCAGACUUGUUAGGAGAGAUGAACUGUCAAAACUCUAACCAGUCCGACUUUAACAACACUGCAGGAACAGACAGGAGUACAGACAGUUCUGAUAGUUCUCACGUCAGUAAGGAGGAGCCACGUUAUCCAAAAAUAGCUCCUAACAGGAUCUCAUCCCAGCCAAGGGGGAAUCCCACGAUGUCCUCUCAGAUGGGUGAUACUUCUAAUAUGUUACCACAAAUGGGGAAUAAUCUUUGUAUGCCAUCUCAAAUGGGUGGUAACUCGAAUAUGCCAUCUCAAAUGGGUGGUAACUCGAAUAUGCCAUCUCAAAUGGGUGGUAAUUCGAAUAUGCCUUCUCAAAUGGGUGGUAACUUGAAUAUGCCAUCUCAAAUGGGUGGUAACUCGAAUGUGCCAUCUCAAAUGGGUAGUAAAUCUAAUAUGUCAUCUCAAAUGGACACUAACUCUAAUAUGUCAUCCCAAAUUGGUGGUAAUUCCAGUUCAUCAUCUACCAUGGGAGUUAAUCCUAAUAUGUCGCCCAGUUUCGGUGGCAAUGCAUCAAUGUCCUCUCAGAUGACUGGGAAUUCUGCGCUGCCUCAGUACCGGCUUCCGAUGGGAGGAGGGAUGGGACCCCCUCACAUGCCGUAUCUGUUCCAGAACCAGCUGAUGUAUAACCAGGGUGGGGGGUACCCUCCGAUGUCUGGGAUGGGCUCCAUGCCGUACUCAAGUCCUAUGCCUAAUGAGGAGCCCCCCACAUCCUCUGUCCCCUCGUCCCUGCCCCCCACCAGCAGUCAGAUGUCCAUGCCCUCUAUGACUGGGAUGCCUUCCAUGCCUAUGAUGGGGUUUCCCUUUGCCCCGUACCCCUUCCCUAUGCCACAACCUUAUUUAAUGCCAGGAAUGGACCCUUCGUACAUGCCUGGUAUCCCAAUGCCAGGACAACAGCAAUAUAACAUGCAUCACGGCAUGCACAUGCCUGGGUCCAAUACAAUGAUGCCCCCCGAGUAUCCAGGCUCCAAAGAUUACCACGGAAAUCUAGGUCAGAACACGCCAGACUUUCAGUCUGGUCAAAAUAUGGAGAUGAAGCACCAAGACAAGGUGGAUAUGUGAACAUUAAGAAAACUAGUAAACUAUCAAUAGAACCUCAACAUGUGAAAUAAAAAUUCAUUGAUGUGAUUUAUUUAGAGCCAUCAAAGGACAUGAACAAUGGAUGGAUAAGAAGGCAUUCUGUUGAGGACCAAAUGUAGCAUGCCAUUGUACAGGAUUUCAGCAAAGUCAAUCUAAACUGAUUUCUUGGAUUCAUUAAUUAUGGCAGGAUACAUUACAUGGGCAUCAAAUGAAUAAAAUGUUAUAGCUUACAAACAGUGCUGACACCUAGUGUAGAAGUGGCUCUACCCCAUGUACAGACUUGUAAUGUACUUUGUAGUCAUGGUGACUGUUGCCAUGGCAAUAAUGACAGCAGGCUCCCCUGGAGGCUGACAAAUGCAAUAGACAACAGUGAAUGUAAUUGUGAACUUAGAUGUUGUGACGCAUGAUUUAUCUACUGAAAAAUAUCUCAUUAUAGCAUUAGUUACACACCGGCGCUUUGAACUAGAGUAAAAGACAUAUGUACAUUAUGCAUGCUAUAGAAUCAAGUGAUUUACAGUCAACUUGUACAUAAAUUUGAUGACAUACUCUUAUUUAAUUAAUUUGCAAUCCAAGUACAUCAAGAAACAUACUGAGAUAGCGGUGUAGCAAUGAUCCCCCCAUUCUUUAGACAGUAUUAAUACAGGCCAUGUAACGUAUCAUUUUACGCCCAGAACAUUUAAUGUCCAUCACUCCUCCAGCUGCUAUGUGUUUCUACAUUUAUAUUCUGAUUUAAGAAUCUACGUCCACCAUGUUCUGUAUAAAGCUGUACUUGUCAAUGAUGAACAUGUCUCAAUGCUAUUGAGUUCUUACAGAAUCAUUUAGAGUUCAAAAUGUCAUGUAUACUACAAACCCACAUUUUGUAUCUAGAGCAAAAUGUUCAAUUUCUGUACAGUAUUAUAUAGAAGUAUUUAUUGACUAUUUCAGCAGUCUCAGUUUUAAUUACAUUGAGUCGUUAAGUUAAUUUUUAAUAUUGAUUGUGCUGAGUACUUUUAACUACAUCUAAAUGAAAUUCCUCUGAGAGGACCGGCCAUGUUUGUUAUAGAGUACAUAAAGUCAUCUUAUUCUCAUCAUUUUUUUUAUCCAUUAAAAUAUUUUCAGAUGUG